UGAGUCGCUGGUCCAUGUGUUGUGGUAGCUGAUAUCAACGUUAGAAACCUAUGUUUAGAUCAAAAUGAGUUCUCAAAAGGGCAACGCAUCGCGCUCGCGAGGACAAAAGCACCAAAACACGACUGCUUACAAGAACGACAAAUAUGGAGCAAGUGUUCAAGUAAAGAUAGCAAACUCGAAGGUCCACGACGGGUUAUGUCAACGCUGCAAGGAAGUUAUUGAGUGGAAAGUCAAAUACAACAAAUACAAAUCCCUUUCCCAACCUCGAACAUGUGUGAAAUGUUCUCAGAAGACGGUGAAGGAUGCAUAUCACGUCAUUUGUAAAAUCUGUGCCCUGAAGCUGGAGCUUUGUGCCAAGUGUGGGAAGAAAGAGGACAUCGUAAUUCCGGUUAACACACAGAAGCAGGGAGAGGAAGAGGAGGAAUACACCAAUCAAAAGAUGACCGGACGUACUCGGAGGAAGGACUUCAAUGAGCUUGAUGAUGACUUUGGUGACUUGGGCAGUGAUGAUGAUGAUGACCUUGCCAGUGACUCAGGUCCUGAGAAGGCAGGAAGCGGCAAGGCCCUUGUCCCUAAUGUGGCACAUGUUAGUUUCAAAGACUGCUAAACCAGGAUGACCCUAAAUGUACCUCCUAUCCAUUUGAUUAAUAUACUUAUCCUCUCAUUAUACAUACUUUUGCUAAGAAGACUCAUCACUGUAGAUUUAUUCACUCUAAAAUACAAUAGCCUACUUGUGUUGGGACGUUAAAUGGACAACCCCCACUUUCAAUUAAUUGUUUUGUAGUAGAUCCCAUGAGACAGCAAUUUUUGUCAUGCUUUGAUGGGUUUAAGGAAGCAUUAUUUUGUUUGUGAAGGAAUAUUCACAAGCACUACUGGAUUGAAGUCAUUAUAGUGCCCCAGCAGCUGUUUUUGAACUUUUCCAGAUACAUGAAUACACACGUAUGUACACACAUGUCAAAAGAUACAUUUUGAGAAAAUAGAGAUUAUUUUUAUUUAUUCUGACAAUGUAUUUUGAGUAAUAUGCAUUAUUUCAGCUGAAUGCUUUCCUCUGUAGGCCAUAGUGGAACAUCUUCUCUCAGAUUUCUCCCUUUUUAGAGCUACAAGUGGACCAUAAUCUUUAUGGUGAGUCGCACUAACUUGUUACCAUACUAUUAACAUAAUUAAUUGAUGAUCUCAGUGGGUUUUAUUUAGUGCCUUUGGUAAUGACCACAUGCCAGUUGUGUUCUGCUUAUUCAAACACAUGACCUUAGUGCUCCUCCUGACUUAAAGGAGUAGUUUUUCAAAUGAAGGAGUAGGCCUUUAAUUUUUUUUUUAAAUACCAUUUUCAACAGGGUAUUCAGUAUCUUUUUGACCCAAACCAUUUGGUGCCCUUACUUAUAAGCCAUUGGAAAAGCUCCUUGGUGUUUGUGGUAUAUUAACUCCAAGUAUUGCACACAGCUGGAAUCCAUCAUGCAAGUUAUUUGUUAAGCAAACUAUACUGAACAAAAAUAAACGCAACAUGGUUUCAUGAGCUGAAAUAAAAGAUCCCAGAA